UUGUUGAUUUUAAUGUAAUUUAUUGCAAUCUAAUGCAGCCUGAUGUGCAUGGAGACAGGUGCAGAAGGUGGCCUAGAUACGCACUUAACUCAUUUCUAUUAUAAUGGCAAUACCAUUUAAAUGCAUGAGGACACCGUACAGGAAUGUACAGAGUGCGAGCCAGACAUGUAAUUUUUUCGAAGAAGUGCGCAUUUGAAUUUAAUCCAGGGCCUGCCGUGUUGUGGUUACUAAAUUGAGUCAAUGACGUGCUGUGCAUGCAUGUGCAAAUGCAGGGCAGUGCAGGAGACAAAUACGACGGGGCGACUUUCAACGUAUGGUGGAAUUUAUGGCGAGUAUCUGAAGUUUGGAGAUCGUUCGUAAAAUACUAAAGAACGCGUAGAGAAUUAUAAGCAAAAUGGAGACGGAAGGAUCCGAGCCACCACCGGCGUAUCCGGUCAGGCAGCAGCAACCAUUCCCACAACAACAGUAUGGUCAGGCCCAACCUGAUGCCCAGUACCACCAGGGACAACAAUACCCAGGACAACAAUACCCAGGACAACAAUACCCAGGACAACAACCAUACGGGCAACAGCAGUACGCCCCACAGCCAGCGCCAACUACCGUCAUCGUGGUGAACCAGCCUCCACCGGUACCGCAUGACUACAGCUUCCCCGGGAAGUGUUCAAGCAUUGAUCUCAUUAUUGGGGCGAUUGCAAACCUGCUCUGCUGGAUAAUAUUCGGCGCCAUUCAUCAUAUCUGGGAUGGUACAGAAUGGUUUGCGGCCUUCAUCUUCUACAUGAUCGCCGGGGUGCUUGGCGCCGUGGGGUCGUUCCGAAAGCAGAGCCACCCAGGGAUUGCAAUUGGAACCAUCGUGAUGUCAGUUUUCUCCUUGGUUGUAGCUUUUGUCCAGCUUAUCAGAGAAUUUGUAGUCGUUGCUACUAAAGACAUUGGCAUCUCAUGGCCUUUCAUAAUCAUGGGCGUGGUCGGCCUUGUGGCAUUCAUGGCAAGCAUCAUCCUGAUCGUCGUUGCCAGCCAAGCUGUGUGCGCUUGCUGUAAGCAAAGGCAGCAGUAAAGAGAGGAAUUUUACGAAAAUUCGCAAUUUUUCGGAAUAUGAGAGGAUCAUCUCGGACAAUAUCGAAAUUUUACGAGUGACAAAUAAUUUACGAACGUUUAGUUACAAGUUAUAAACUCAUUGUUUCAGUCAGUGGUGUUUACAGUGUUAUGUACUUGAAAGCGACGGACAUGCAUGCUUACGUCCAGCUCUUCGCAUGAAAACCGACGCUACAAUGUUAAUGUGUAACGACUCGGCAAUGUUGACGCCACGGUUUAAGAAUUGGCUUCAUCUAAGACAGCUUCAUAGAUUGGUACACUGACUUGUCGUCUAGAGUGCCUCAUUUCAGACGUACGUGUACCAACUUUAAUCAGCUUAACAAACAGUCAUGGUUGCAUCGUCAUAAUGUCCUCGUUUGCAAGAGGAAUUCAGAAUACAUAUACAAUAUGAAUUCGUCAAACGGACAGGAAUCUAACAGAAUACAUUGAGAUGUGUUGCAUCAACAUUACACCUUUCUAUCUAAGCACGAACUAGUGUAAACAGUGCACCACAUUUUCUCCCAUAUGCAUUGCGAAAGGCGCAAAACAUCAAAAUAUCACGUAGCAGCUGUGUUGAGAACAAUACCGUGCUCCUGACCUAAAUACGUUUUUUUAACCGUGACCAAAAAAUACGACAGUUGCAUAUAAAUUAUUUGAAUUAAUGCAACCGGCUGUCGCAUCUAGACUACUUCACAUUGCAUUACUGAGUGUCAAGAAAAAACAUGUUCAACAUUUGAUUCUUUAAUCACCUAUACUUUAUUAAAUUGAAUUAAAAUGUAUCAGAUGUUCACAUCAUGUCAUGUGAAAGACAGUAUCGAUAUUUCAUGCCUCGCUUAUAUUGCACAGAAAACUUCUUUUUUUAAAAAUCAAUUUCAUUUAAAAAAACAAAAAAACAAAAACAAAUGAGAAUGCAGAACUAAACGUCCAGGGUGUUUUUAUUGACACACAGUCUUCGGCCUGAUUGAUUUGCGCUGUUAUGCAUUGAUAAGCUGGACUGUGCAUGAAAGGCAGCCAUGGAAACUUCAUCCGGGCACUCAAUCUGAAUGGGACAUUUUCAUUGAGGAGGCAGUCACCACAGGUGAGUGUAUUCGCUAUUUUGAGGCAGCAUUUCCUGGAAAUACCAUCCCUGUCCCCUAAGAUCAUCUCGUACUGUCCCCUAAGAUCAUCUCGUUAACCCAGACUUACAGAAAGUUCUAAAAUUUUGAAUCAAAAUUACAAUUAAUCCUACUUCUGGAAAUCCUACCUCAAAGUAAGGAAUACACUCGUAAAAUGUGGGGCUGAUUCUUCGACGUGAAAUCGUAUACAUUUUUACACAUCGUAUCAUGAAGGAUUGUCAAUCAAGCGACGAAACGAUCACAGCGGAACCUAGUUCGGAUUUAUAAUACUUUUCUCUCGGAAUACAUCAUCAUAAAGUACUUUUGAAGGCCAAGAUCCUGGUUGGGAUUAAAGUACUAUAAAGGGAAAAUGGACAACAAAGGAGCCGACCUCUCGCCGGCAUAUCCGGAGACGCAGCAGCAGCCACAAGGCCAAUAUCCACAAUGGCAGGGCCAGUACCCUCAGCAGCAAGGGCAGUACCCACAACAGCAAGGCCAGUACCCUCAGCACCAAGCCCAGUACCCACAGCAGCAAGCCCAGUACCCACAACAGCAAGGCCAGUACCCACAACAGCAAGGCCAAUACGGAGGGCGCCAACAGGUAUAUGUCAUGCAACCAGUGGUACCAGUCAUCGUGAGCCAACGGCCAGUGGUUCAGGAGUUCAUCUUCCCGAAAGGGAAAGUCCCAAGUAUAAUCCUCCUGGUUUGUGCGAUCGCUAAUUUCCUGUGCUACAUCGUCGUCGGCGCCUUAUCCGGCGUUUGGGAUGGAACCGCCUGGUUGCCAGGUUUCUUUUUCUAUGGAAUCGCCGGAAUACUUGGAAGCAUUGGAUCCUUUGCGACACAGCGCCACCAAGGGAUUGCAAUUGGAACUAUUGUGAUGGCCACGUUUUCAAUGAUCGUGAGUUUUUCGGAGAUCAUCCUUGAAGUCUCUGCUGUUGCUGUGUAUUCGAUUCAAUACGCGUGGCCAAACCUGAUCAUGCUGUUGUUUGGACUAGCAGCGUUCAGCUGCAGUAUUGCCUUGGUGGUUAUCGCCAGCCAGGUCGCGUGCGACUGUUGCAGGCCUCGUCGGCAGUAGUGGGAAAACACCGAAAUCAAACAAGUUCGAAAUUGGCCGAAAAAAGUGCGGAUUGUUUCUGGAAAUUGAAACCUCAGCCGUAUUUAGGUGACAGUUCAUCACCGGUCCAACAGAAUCACAAUGUUGAGUGUUUUUCUCAGCCAAGUCACGUGUGAGUACGAGAAGCCACGGGAACUACAGCAGGACACCAGAUAGAUCAGAAAACAUCGGAUAUUCGCUUAGAAGUUCGGAUUUGUUCGGAAUACUAAGAUUCGUUGAAUUUAUCGCAAGGCCGAUUUGGAAUAUUAAUCUAACUGUUCUUUCUAACCAAGAAAAGAGCUUAGGCAGCUACAACAGGACAUUCAAUUCAACUGAUCGGAAAAGAUCGGAAAAUAUUGGAAAACUUUAUUUUGAGAGUAUACUACAAAACUUCAUAUAUGGGAACUACUCGAAAUUGAGUUUUCGCAUCAAGAUUUGAAUUAAAUAUCACUUAAUACACUUCCCUUUAUCAUCAUCAUUUAGAGCAUUCGCUUUGCAUUAUCAUAAAAAACAGACGAAAAUAUGCUACAUUUUUGAAUAAAUGUUUCGUCUCGUAAUA